CUGGUUCCUCUCAUGUUGAGACAAGCAAGCCAUGGAAGCCAAAAGUGACUGAAAAACUAGUUGAGGAAUCUAUACUUCUAAUCACGAAGAUUAACUUCCUGGACGAUAUUGCACUACAAAUUGCUGUGAGAGCUGUACAGAAAGAAACUUCUACAAUUCUCAGCAACAAGGUAAAAAGUCCUGAAGGAGAAAGCAUCGCCAAGAUAGCUGACUAUAUAAAGAUGAAGAAUAAUAGAGGAAACACUACUCUUCAUGAGGCACUACGGGCUUUCUCUUUCAAAAAUCUGGGCAGGAGUUCAAAGAACACAAGCAAUCCAGUGUUCCAUUCAAUCAUUUCAAACGAACGAAAUACACCAUCCCACUAA